AUGGACAACUUCUAUUACGAUUCAUCAUCGAAUUAUUCGAGCUUUUCACGUGUUAUGUACGGUGGUUCAUCACGACAUCAUAAUUUCGAAACACCAUAUGCUUAUCGUUCACUCUAUCGCCAACGGCUACUUCAUCGUGCAAAGUCCGUUGGUCCAAUUUCACUUCCCGAAAUACCACAUGUCGAACAUCGAGCUACAAGCCAUACUCGACGCCCUGCACCAGACUUAGCUGAUGUAUGGCGCGAACCCGACUCGAAACCUAUCUUUACAUUCAUGUUACGACCACGUCUUAUUCAAGAAGGCGUCGGUUGUAAAUUAAUUUGUUGUGUUGGUGGUAAACCGCCACCAAAGGUACAAUGGUUUAAAGAUCGUACACAAUUGAGUGAUCAUGAUUCACAUUAUGCAACAUCAUAUGUUCACGGUGUUUGCACGUUAGAAAUAACAGCAUGUGAAGCAUCUGAUAGUGGGAUGUAUCGUUGUUUCGCUACGAAUCCGUUGGGUACCGAUGAAACAACUGCCUUAGUUCAUGUUGAAGAAAUUCGUCGAACACGACGAGCUGUUUCAGCUCGACCAGGCGAAAGUGAUACUUCAACUCGAGCACGUUCACCCUCGCCACCACGUGCUUCCGGUAGAGACGGAAACUGGCGUGAUAAAUUAGGUGCUGGCGAGAAAUCUUCACGUGAUACACUUGAAGUCGAAAAACCAAAACGCAAAGAACGACGUGAUCCACCGACGUUUAGCGAACAACUUUCCGAUACUACUGUCUACGAAGGCGCUAAUGCUAAACUUCGUUGUGAAGUAAAGGGUAAACCAACACCUAAAAUCGAAUGGUUGAAGAAUGGCGAAUCUUUGCCAACUGAAUCUCGUUUUCAAGAAAGCUACGAUGAUGAUGUAGCUACACUCAUUACCAAAAAAGUAAAAGUAGAUGAUAGUGGUGAAUAUAUUUGUCGAGCCACAAAUGAAGAAGGCUCGAAUACAUCCAGUGCUCAGCUCACUGUUAAAGCUCAUGUACCUGGAGAUAAUGAAGCAGAAUACGCUGCAUCAUUAGCACAAGAAGAUGAAACAGCUGUUAAAGCUGAAGCGCCAACAGCAGCAAGUGAAGAAGCUUCUGUUGCUGCUGCUGCUCCACCCGAACCAACUGAAGGAGCUGCUAGUGAAACUGCUGCUAAAGUUGAAGAAAAACUUCCAUCAGAAGCUGUUGCCGAGGUUCCCGAAAGUGCCAACAUUACAACAGAACCUACACCAGUCGAAGCACCCGUUGGCACUGAGCCAACACCAGCUGCAGCUGCUGCUGCACCCGAACCAGUACCUGAGCCAGCUCCAGCCCCAGCACCAGCACCUGAGCCUGAAAAGAAGCCAGCUGCUGGCAAAGCCGCUCCUGCAAAGAAACCAGCCACUCCCGCUGCGCCUGAAAAGAAACCAGUUGGAGCUGCUGCUUUGAAAAAACCUGAACCAGCAAAGAAAGCUGAAGAGAAGAAAGUGGAAGAAAAGAAAGAACCUGCGAAGAAACCAGUUGAUGAUAAGACUAAGAAACCAGCUGUCGAUGACAAGAAAAAAGCCGAAGACGCUAAGUCUAAAGCUGCUCCGGCUGCGGCUGCUGCACCAGCUGAAGAGCCUGCCGCUGCACCCGCUGAGGAACCGGAGAAAAAACCAGAAGAAGAACCAAAACCUGAACCUGAACCGAAAAAGAAAGAAGAAGAAGAACCACAAGAGAAACCAGCUGAAGCCAAAGCGAAAUUUUCUAAACAUAUUAAAUCACAAAAUUUAAUGGAAGGUGAUCCAUUAACAUUGGAAUGUUCCGUGGAGAGUGGUAAUGAAGAAGUUGAAGUAACAUGGCUGCGUAACAGCAAAGAAAUCCCAGAAAAUCCAGAUUUUCGACGAGAACGUGACGGAAAUGUACACAAAUUAGUCGUCACUGAAGUGUUCCCCGAAGAUUCUGGUGUCUUUUCUGCUCUGAUGAAAAGUCAAUCAGCAACAACUCCACGUAUCUCAGCUUGUUCAGUCAUCAUUCAGGCUCGUGAUGAAGAACCACUUGAUCCAUGCUUUGGUCAAUUUCCACAAAGUAUCAGUUUAGAGGAAGGUGGUAAAGCUAAAUUUUCAUGCAAACUUACUGGUUCAACACCUAUGACUGCUGAAUGGCAUCUCAAUGGCAAACCUCUUGAUCGCGAAUCAAGUCGAUUCAUAUUUACUAAUGCUGACACCGAAUUUUCAUUCGAAAUUCCUGUUGUCUUAGCAACAGAUGAAGGUCAAUAUCACGUAACUGUUUCAAACGACAAAGGAGAGAUUACUGCUGCAUACAGCUUACAUGUCGAUCAAUCGUGA